ACUGAGCACGAGCACGAACUAGUUAACCAAUCCCAGACCGGCGUGAGGACACGUCACAGCGCGGAAGGGCGGGACGUGUCCGGAUACGGGUGCGGGAAAAAAGAAACCAACCAAGGCGCUCGAGAAUCCAUUGAAGCCUGCAGGAAGUGUGUCGAACAGGGGUGAGGAGAAAAAAAAGAAAAAAAAAAAAAAAGAGACGGCGUCGUUGCGCGAGCGCUUUCACUGAAGCGGGAUAUAAAAAAAAAAUAUGGCGAGGGAAUGAGUUUAUAAUUCAUGCGCGUAGAUUAGCAAAGAACAGAGCUCCUGAUCCGUUCUCCCGCUGUCGGGAAUCCGCGGGAAAAUAAACCGCGUGUAAAUGUAUCACAAUACGGUCACUGCAGCGUAAGGACAGACAUAAGGACCUCCUUUUCAGUCUUCCCCAUCUGGCGCCCCGCAUCUGUCCAGACGCUCUCUGAACCGCCGGGAUCCGAGUGGAUUUGAAAGGCUGACUGGAGCGAAAAAUCUGCCUCCCAGGUAAAAUGGCUGAUACCACAGAAGCAGAGAGCUGAGCAUCACACAUUGCCCCCCCUUUCUUCUAUGUUCGAGGAUCAUUUUAUGUGGACAUUUUCCCCUUCCAUUUCAAAUUUUUCAUCAUGGCUAUGCAUGAUAUGAAUCGUGCCAAGGGUUUUCCUUGCAAAGAAUGCGACAUGAUAUGCCCAAGUACACCUAGCCUUCUGGAGCAUAUGAAAGCCCACUAUCACCAAGAAGCGAUUGGCAGAUUUGAAUGUGAACAGUGUGGACGAAUUUUCAAGCAUGCCAGUAGCUUGGCGUCGCACAAAAAGUCCCACGAGCUGGGUUCAUUCCAGUGCCCAGUGUGUACCAGAACACUACCCAAUGCAAUAGCCCUGAAGAACCACCUCCGCAUUCACACUCUGUCUCCUAGUGCACAAGCUGAAGAGGAGAAUGAGGAUGGUGUUGAUGAAGAUAGGGAUUAUGGCUUAGCACAAGAUCUUUCUGACACAGGUUACCGGGGCCACCUGAACAGCAGCGGCAGCAUGAUGGCGGACCACGACAAGCAGAAGUCUCCGGGGUCCGAAGAUGCUUGGGACAGACCGUUCAAGUGUGACCAGUGUGACAGGACCUACCGGCACCACGGCAGCUUGGUCAACCACAAGAAGUCCCAUCAGGAAGGCACUUACAAGUGUACCGUAUGUUACAAGCAGUUCAGCAAUCUGGCAGCGCUCGGGGCCCAUGAGCGCAACCAUUCCAAGUUCAAGCCUCCCGGGAUGUCCAUGGGAAGCCUCGUGCCCGAGGCAUCGUCCGAUCAUCGCCCCCCUGCCCCCCAAAACGACGACAUGGCAGCCUGCUUUUGCCACCUGUGCCAGGUUUCUUUACCCAAUAAGAGUGACUUUCAGGAGCACAUCCUGUUGCAUAAUGCUGCGUCGUCGUCGUUGGGGCUGACGCGUAGUUUCCCAGGGAUAGUGCCGCACAAUCUCAGCACUGUCCGUUCCCCAACGAUCAAUCCGUACACCCCAGCUCUUGGCGACCCUCUUCCACUUCCCCCGUUACCUGACAAACGUUACGAUCAGAUGCUAGGUCCUCCUGUCAACAGUCCCAUUUAUACAUGUGCGUACUGUGGGUCAGGACAUUCCGAUGUGGAAAGUCUCAAACUGCACUACUUGACCCAUGAAUCUCACCCCCCACCACAUGCCCAUGUGGGACCCUCUAUCCUAAAUUCAGAUAGCCUGGGCUCCAACUCCCAGCCAUCUGUGUCCUCGCCCAGCGAGGAAUCCAGAUCCCAGCAGCAGUCCUCAUCCAUUGAUGACGCAGACCGCAGGUUCAAGUGUCAAGAGUGUGGAAAAAGCUAUCGGCAUGCAGGGAGUCUCGUUAAUCACAAGCGCUGUCAUCAAACAGGGCAGUACCAGUGCACCAUUUGCUGUAAGGAGUAUCCUCACCUUGCAGCACUUCACAGCCACCUCCGCAGUCACAAAUCCCGCCCAAACUCUCAGGGUAUGAGCUCAGAAGGUGACUGGCUAUCUUCCGAGCCCAUGACAGGCCUAGACUCCCAACAAGGCUUUGUGCAUUCUCAGGAUCAGGAGAAUGGCACGACGACUCCCAUCUCACUUUCUGGUAAUCUCGAUGAUGCCGCCCAUUUUGUUCCAGACGGUGGCCAUAGCAGUGGCCUCGAUUCGCUGGAGUUCCAUGACCGGUUUGAUGGUUCGCUGGCUCAGGGCAACUCUGGCCAUCCGCAGAACAGUCGCCAGUCAGACCGGAGCAUGUGUGCUGAACAGGGCAGUUUGUCCAAUGGCUACAUGGGAAACAUGGGCUUCCACACCUCAAGUGGUUCUUCUUUGCCAGCAAGCAGCUCCAGCCUCAAAGAAGGCAGCCGCCAGCGACGUGGACAAGAGCAGUAUGGAGGAAGUCAGGGAGGCCAGUCUAAGAGAGUCGAAGAAAAAGAUGAUGGUGAAGUCUACCAGUGCACAGUCUGUGGGAACCAUUACGCAAGUCUUCGGGCCCUUCGUAGCCACUUACGCAGCCAUGGCGUGAACCACGGUGCCGGACCUUCCUCCUCCUUUUCGCCUGUAGGUGAGUGGAGGAGGCGGCAAGAGGGUAGUCAAGCCAGUCUGCUGGUUUGUAGUAUAUGUGGCCAGACUUUCAGUAAAAAACACGACCUUCUUAAUCACCAGUUGGUCCACGGACCUCCUCGACCGGGUGGCUCCGGACAGGGCUUGGGGGGCAGCAGCUCUAGUGCUAAUGGCAAAAUGGAUGGAAGGAACCACAUUUGCGUUGACUGUGGCAUGUUCUUUGCAGAUCGCCAUCACCUGAUCACUCACCUGUGCCCAGGCAAGGGGAGAGGCGGAGUGCUGAGCAAAGACUUGAACGGAGCUAAAGGGAUGAGUGGUGGUGCUGGGACCAGCAGCAGCGCUGUGGGCCACCGGCAAAUGUCCGGCUCGGACGAUCGGCCACAUAGGUGUGACCAGUGCGGGAGAGGUUACAGGCAUCCAUGCUCACUUCUGAACCACAAGAAAUCGCACAAGACUGGGGUCUUCCGCUGCCUUGUCUGCCAAAAACGCUACUACAACCUGCUGGCACUCAAGAACCACCAGAGGACUCAUUUUGACUUAAAGAGGCACAAGUGCGAGGAGUGUGGCAAAGCCUUCAAGAUCCAAAAGCAGUUGAUCAACCAUCUUCGUCUGCACGAAGAGCACCGAGCCAAAACAGGAGGUCGAGAUCAGCGCGUCCAAAGCAUGAACCAACAUAACGGAUCACGAUACGAGGGAGGACCUUCUCAGAUGCAGCAGAUGAGAAUGGGGGACCCCAAAAUGCAGAACCCUUCCCAGAUGAUGCCCAAUUAUGGCCAGCAGCAAGGUUUUAAGAAGCCGUACGCCGGGGCGAGGUCCCAGCAAGUGGACGAUGGAAGUGGACGCCGCCCUUUUGCCUGUGAUCAGUGCGGCCGUACCUACCGUCACGCCGGCAGUCUGGCCAAUCACAAGAACCUGCACAAGAUCGGCGAGUACCAUUGCAACGUUUGCAACUCCACCUACCCCAACCGUCUGGCUAUGAAGAAUCACUUGCGUAUGCAUUUUGCUCUCAAGAAGUAUUCUUGCCAAGACUGUGGACGUGGGUUUAGGAACCAGAGGCAGCUGGAAACUCACACUUCCAACCAACUUUGCAAAGACCUUCCUGGUCCCAGUGUACAGCAGCAAAUGGCACCUCCUCCCCCAAGCUACGAGUGCAAUGGAUGCUCCGAGUGUUUUCGGUCCUCCUCCGACCUUGCUUCGCAUAACUGCAGCGCCCAGCUUCCUUCCUCCUCAGCCUCCCUCAACAGCUCUGGUUUGACCAUGGAUCCUGGGGACCUGGGAUCUUCAGAACGCGAGGAGCGACCUUUCUCCUGCGACCUCUGUGGCUGCUCGUACAAGCACGCCAGCAGCCUUCUGAACCACAAGAACACGCACAAGACGGGAAACUUCAGCUGCUCCUACUGUGACAAGCCGUACACCAACUACAUGGCGCUGCGCAACCACAUGCGCAUCCACACGCAGAAGAAGAGGCACAUCUGCUCCACCUGUGGGAAAGCCUUCCGACUGGCCCGAUUCCUGCGCAACCAUCAGAGGGUCCACGAGGAAGGACACGCCCGAUUCGGAUGCCCCACCUGCGGGAAGAGUUUCCAGGGGCGCUCUGGGCUCGCCAGGCACCGCUGCGGGGACAACCAGGUAGGCAACGAGUACAGGAGGAAGGACACUUCGAGCACUUCGAGAGAAGGGGCAGAAGAGUGCCGGUUCACAUGUGAGCAGUGCGGCCGUUCAUACCGUCACGCCAGCUCUCUGCUGAACCAUAAAAACACUCACACCGUCGGUAUCUAUCACUGCGCCGUGUGCCUCAAGACCUACCCCAACCUGCUCGCUCUGAAAAAUCACCGCCGCAUCCAUUCGGAGCUGCGACGGCACCGCUGCGCGGAAUGCGGAAAGGCGUUCCGCGUCUUCUCUCAGCUCCAAAACCACCGCCGGCUCCACCAGAAAGAGCGAGAAUUCACGUGCACGCAGUGCCAGCGCACAUUCCCAAGUCAGACCAGCUUCCGAUUGCACCUGCAGACGCAUCACGUACGAGCCCAGAAAUCCUCGCACUACCACCACCACCAGCAGCAGCAGCAGCAGAAUCUGGCAGGUUCCUCCGGUGGCAGUUCCGACCUUGGGUGGAGUUCCGGGCUUGACCUGACCCUGAUGCAGGCUUGUCAUCAGAAUCCGCCGCAGCGCAGCCGCAACGACACGAGCCGCAAGCCGCACGUUUGCGACCAGUGCGGGCGCGGGUACCGCCACGCCAGCUCCCUGCUCAACCACAAAAACAGCCAUAAGUCUGGUACCUACUACUGCAGCCCAUGUCAGAAAGAAUUCUCCAACCUGAUGGCGUACAAAAACCACCGCCGCAUACACACCGAGCCGAAGCGGUACCAGUGCUCCGACUGCGGUAAAUCGUUCCGCGUUUCCACGCAGCUCGUGUGCCACCGUCGCAUCCACACCAAGGAAAAACCUUUCUCAUGCCAGCAGUGCGACAAACGGUUCUCCAGCAAGUCGAACCUGCGACAUCACCAAAAAGUCCACUGGUCCCAUAACAGCAGCACGUCCAUGGGCACCUCGAAUUUCCUGACCAUGCCGACAGGACCUUUUAUAUAAAAUACACGCGGGGAGCAGGACCUUCUUAGUGCAUGGAGAGAAUAGUGACCAGGUUUCUGGAGGUCAUUUAUAGAUACCGUAUCUGCAGGGGGGGUGCUAUUAUAAUUAUUAUGAUUAUUAUUAUUUUUCAGACGAGCAGGUUGUUUGGGUUUUAGAGGACUAACCCACCCAUUUCCACGCAGAAGGUUGUUUUAUAUCACCUCUGUACAUCUUGAAGACUUGAUUUACACUCGAGUGAUUGCUCCAGAUCUUUACAGCGGGACUAGGCAUGUGCCGAUUGAUCUUACCUUCACGUCGUACAGGAGGAAAUGAAGUGUACACAAUAUCCACCUCACACCAAAGACUUGACUAUUUGGGCACCAGUCUUGAAUUUGGUGUGAAGGACAUAUCGCGGACAUUAACAUUUUUUAAAUUUAUUAUUAUUUUUUAGUUUUAUUAAGCGCAGUAAAAGGGACGUGUUAACAACCGUUCUUCGGCAUGUGCCUAACGACGCGUGUAAAGCGUUUGCUGCGAGGCUGUUCCCAUUUAAAUCCACCACGUUAUAAUCCAGAACCGCUUCACGGAUCACAGCGUAUAGGUCAGAUCUGUUUUGAUGACAUCACGGCGAUUAGACGAAUCGUAUCCUGAUUUAAGUAUUCAUAAAGAAGCAAAGUUUUAUUCAUUGAGGUCACACCUGACAGGUGAUUCUGUAUCACAGAAAACAUUUCUCUCACAGUCGACUUCCCGCCGAAACACACACGUGUAAAAUACACAUUGUAAGAUUGAUGUACGUGUAGGUUUUAGAUCUGACCGCAUUACAGGUCACAUUUGAAAACUGACUGCAGUCGCCAUGUUGUGUAGAACUCUCAAGGGUGUUUGUUUUUUCUUUUUUUUUUUUUCUUUUCAGUUUUCCCUUUUGAUGUUCUAAUUUUUUUUUCUAACUUGGGUGUGACAACAAGCUUCAAACGUUAUUAUUAUUAUUAUUAUUAUUAUUAUUAAUUAUUAUGACUAUUAUUAAAUAUUAUCAUCAUUCUGCAGAUGACGGAAUUGCGAUUUGCUUUCUGUUGCGCGUUGUAAUUUUAAAGAACCCUUGUUUAAACAAAAAAAAAAAAAAGAAAAGAAAAAGCAGCGCCUAAUUAGCUAGUGUAUAGAAAAUGAUAGGUUGUGCUUUUUGGAAAGAAUUUAAAAAAAACAACAAAAUUAAAAAAAAGCAAAACGUGUAUAUUGAUAGGCUUGUACUGGCAUUUCGGUUUUACCUUGUAUUGUAUCGUACUUCUGACUGUAUUAUUUACAGGAACACUUUUUUAUAAAAACAUCACUGUAGUAUGCGUUUUUAUUUAUAUUAACCCCUAUAAUGCUAGUUUUAGGAAGUCUCCCUCCUCCACACAUUUAUUUUUUUAUUUUUUAUUUUCAGUACGCGACCGACUUGGAGUCGAGGAUGCCGGGACUCCUAAAGAACAUUUGUUCUAGUGACUAAUCUCUCCUGGGUUUUAUGCUUUUAACGCGAUUGGGCUGUGUCUCAAAUCACCCCCUUUCCCUUGUACAAUAGCCGGGGAGUUGUAAUAAUAAUAAUGUGUGUUUCUCCCGAUUGAGUGUCACUGUAUCGUUACUCCGUCCUCGUGACAGUCGUUUCCCCAGGAAAAAAAACAUGGAUGUGCCUCUGUUUCACACUUUUACGGGAUAAUUUUUGUGAACGUUACAAUCACUUGGGCAAACUUUUUUUUUUCUUUUGUUUCCCUUGUAUUUAUUAGUAUCUUUUCUUUUAUUAUUUAAUUGCAUUUCAUCCUUUAUUACCAGGAGCACUGGUAUUACCAAGUCCAUUAUAUAAAAGAGCACAGUUAGAAUUGUGUGUGUAUAUAAAUAUAUGUUCCUAUAACCUGAAAUUAGGUGAGGAAGGGGGGGAAAGCUGAACUAUAUAACAAACUUAGGUGCAUUUGAUUGAUUUGAUUUGGGAAGGAUUGACGAAUAUUAGAUUUCCAUUUUGUGUUUAACCUUUCCUUUUCUUUUUGUUUUCCCUUUUUUCAUGCGUUAUAUAUAUGUACUGCUGA